GGCGGAUGCGUCGGCCACUACUGCCGCGGCGGCGGUGGUUGCGAUUGUGACCGCCGCUUUCCUGAGCACGAUGUGGCUCUUACGACCGGAUGCACACACCCCUAUUGAGUUCAUCUUCAGCUCGUCGUCGGCUCUCCACCGACGCAUUGCCGAGUCAGGACUGACCCACGCCUACGUGCCGCCGUGGUUCGCCACCAACGCGCACGUCCAGCUUCUCAUGUUUUGCUUCCUCCCUCAAGCCACGGAGCAUGCUUAUGACCGAGAACUCGUGCGAAUGGAUGACGGGGGCCAAGUCGCACUGGACUGGAUUCCAUCAACCUUGCCGUCGUCGGCUCCGAUCGUCCUCGUGCUGCAUACGCUGGCCGGUUGCAGCCAAGAUAUGCGCGAGUUCUGCCGUGCGGCAACGGCAUCGGGGUACCGCGCAGUAGUGUUCAAUAAGCGCGGCCACGGUAACACCAAGCUCACAACACCCAAGUUGCAAGCGUUUGGGUGCACACAGGACAUGCACACCGUCAUUGCGCACAUUCAAACGACGUUUCCAGGUGUCGUGAUCGUUGGAGUGGGGUACUCUGCAGGCGCUGGUCUCCUCAGCUCGUACCUCGGAGAGACCGGCGCGAGCUCCAAGCUGGCCGCCGGGGUGCUCGUGUCUCCCGGUACCGCGUCCAGCACCCAUGCUGGCAUUUGGACGAGUCGUGUUAGGGUACAACCACUAUACUGUUCACGCGAGCUCGACGAGCCCACGAGAUUUUCACAACCGGGGAGGGUUACAUCCCAUCUACAACUACAUGAUGGCCAAGUCCCUGCAGGUAAGAUGACCCAGAAUGAUCUCACGAUGAACUCGUUCUUGGCAGCGCCUCCUGGCGCCGCAUCACGAGAUCCUGGCGGAGCACAUUGACUUGUCCGCGGCGACUUCUGCCACGUGCAUGGCCGACUUUGAUCGAGCGGUGUACAUCAAGCUGCACCAGUUCGACUCUCUCGCCAAAUAUUGGGAGAAAAGCGAUCCGAUGCGCGACGUGGCCAAGAUCGCAGUCCCAACGCUCUUCCUCAGCGCGAAAGACGACCCUGUCUGCCCCACACGUACGUGUCUUGACGAGCAUGCAAGAGAAUCACGUGGUGGUCGAUCGGCCAGGCCUCAUUGAUGUGACUAUUGUCGACCGCAACCCCCACCUCAUGCUCGCGUUCACGUCCCAUGGAAGUCACUGUGGCUUCUUUGAGCAUAAGAAUGGCCGCCUGCAAUCGUGGGCUCCCGCCGCGGCGCUCGCUUACAUCGACAAUGUCGUGGGAAGAGUCGAAUGAGCCGCAUCGUUCAAAUUCUGCGUCAAAAUAUUUUUUAUGACACUUCUUGCCAAA